UCGCUCUCUUCUUCUGCCUCAGUUCACAGUUCACUCCUCUCAUCACCUUCACCGUUGAUCAAAGUCUGUGCAUCAUGAACUCCAAUUCCAAAACCACCGGCUCUUCCUCCUCCGACCUUCAAAGACAACACGGAGAGGCAGAAAUAGACGCUGAUGGAACUUUGUUAUUGAAGUUGAACAAAUUGCUCAUGCAAAUCCAGGGAAAGCGAAUGAAAUCAAUCAGAUUAAUCUUAGUUAUGAUUCCACAGGAAAGAAUUAAGAGUAACGGGAAGAUUGUAAAACAUCACGUUUCAAUAGUCUUGUCAGCAAUAUCAAGAAAAGCCCCAUUGCAGACAGAGGAAAAUACCAAUCAAAUGCUUUCUUCAAGAAUUGACCGUCCUCUAUGUAAGUUCAGCGGUUUCUCUCAAGGUUCAGGAGACAAAGACCACGUUAACAGUCGGAACAUAUUAUCUGAAACAAGUAUCAAGAUUCCAUACAUCGAAAGAUUACCACCAUAUACAUUUUGGAUACAUUUGGCCAGAAAUCAGAGAAUGGCCGAAGAUCAAUCAGUUGUUGGAAGAAGACGUAUAUACUAUGAUCAACAUGGAAGUGAAGCCCUGGUAUGCAGUGACUCUGAUGAAGAGUUAUCAGUACCCAAGGAAGUUAAACACAACUUUUCUGAGGGUGAAGACCGACUUCUUUGGAUGGCAUUUGAGGAACAUGGGUUAACUGAGGAGGUAUUGAAUAUUGUCAGACAGUUUGUUGGGGGUACUAGUUCAGAAAUUCAGGAGAGGUACAAAAAUCUCAAGGAAAAGAAUAUGAGAAAGUGGGACCAGCAUUCUGAAGAUUCUGGACGAUGUGAUUCUCAUAUUGGCAUAUGUUUGGAGAAAAGCUUGAGUGCCACUUUAGACUCCUUUGAUAACCUUUUCUGUCGCCGGUGCAUUAAGAUUUUUGACUGUCCUCUGCAUGGCUGUUCUCAACCUUUAAUAUAUCCUAGUGAAAAGCAGCUAGUUUGGUCUGAACCUGAAGAUGACAGGAAACCAUGCAGUGAUCAGUGUUACCUGCAGUUAAAGGAUGUCAAUAUUUUGUCUGAAGAUUCAACUCUGGGGUCUUAUCAGGAUAACAAAAUUAAAACAAUGGAACAGGAAGCUGGGAUAUUGGCACCCUUCAGUUCAAAGGAGCCUGGUAAUCAGAGUACCAAAGCUAUCUUGCAGGAAGAAAGAUGCAAUUAUGUGACAGCAACACCUUUUACUACAGAAGUUGGUUGUCGCGGAGAUCUCAAUUCAAAUGUGCCUGUAUCAGAAAGUAUGGGGAAACGGAAGGUCACAAAUCUGUCAGAGUCAGCACUCUGUGACUCAACACGGCCUCCUGAUGAUUCUCAGGGUUCUUGUAAAAAGCUGAAAAGAAUCUCCGAUGAUAUUGUCAGGGACCUUAAUUUGGAUGCUUUGGGUGAAGAAAAACACCCAAGUACUUGUGCAUCUUUGAAAAGUUUUGUUGAACAUACUUCAAAUAAAUUAAUAGUUUCUAGUAACACUUGCCAUGGUGAGCAUGACAAGGGUGUUGAGGAUGGACAAAAGGAUGUCACAAAUGAGAGAGAAUUUAAGCAGUUGUCCGAUUCAAUUGAAGGACAAGUUGAUGAGAUGGCAUGUCUCUCAGAGUGGAAACCUCUGGAGAAAGAUUUAUAUUCGAAGGGGGUAGAAAUGUUUGGGAGAAACAGUUGCCUUAUAGCCCGGAACUUACUUUUUGGCUUGAAGACUUGCAUGCAAGUAGCUAACUACAUGUAUGCUGGUGGAGUGUCAAUGCGCUGCAGAUCCUUACCAAGUUCAAUCAUGGACAAAAAUGGAAAAAUUCAUGCAGAGUUCACAGACCAAGGGAUGCCAUCAAGGUCACGGUUUCUGCGGAAAAGGAGCAAAACUAGGAAAUUCAAAUAUUCUCGGAAGUCUGCUGGCCUCCCAUCUAUGUGGAGAAGAAUUGCUCAUGGGAAAAACCAAUUUUACAAGCAGUAUACACCUUGUGGAUGUCAGGGAAUGUGUGGAAAGCAAUGUCCUUGUGUUCAUAAUGAAACUUGCUGUGAAAAAUAUUGUGGGUGUUCAAAGUCCUGCAAAAACCGGUUCAGAGGAUGUCAUUGUGCUAAGAGUCAAUGCAGGAGUCGACAAUGUCCAUGCUUUGCAGCUGGACGUGAAUGUGAUCCGGAUGUCUGUCGAAAUUGUUGGGUUAGUUGCGGCGAUGGUUCAUUAGGGGAGCCACCUCGACGUGGAGAUGGUCAAUGUGGAAAUAUGAGGCUUCUUUUAAGGCAACAACAGAGGAUUCUUUUGGCGAAGUCUGAUGUUGCAGGAUGGGGUGCCUUCUUAAAGAAUCCAGUUAACAAAAAUGAUUACCUAGGAGAGUACACGGGUGAAAUGAUAUCUCACAGAGAAGCAGAAAAGCGUGGGAAAAUAUAUGAUCGCGCCAACUUUUCUUUCCUUUUUGACUUGAAUGAUCAGUACGUUCUUGAUGCGUAUCGCAAAGGAGACAAAUUGAAAUUUGCGAACCAUUCAUCAAAACCCAACUGCUACGCAAAGGUCUUGUUGGUAGCUGGGGAUCAUCGAGUAGGCAUAUUUGCCAAUGAGCACAUUGAAGCAGGUGAGGAGCUUUUCUAUGACUAUCGCUAUGGUCCAAAUCAUACACCACCAUGGGUUCUUAAACUCAAGUCUGAGGGUCCCAAGAGAGACGAGUCAGCAGUUUCUCAGGGCAGAGCGAAGAAGCACCAGUCUCAUUGAUGAGCCACAGCAAAGAAGGAUGUCGGAAAUUUUUCUCUGGAUAGAAGAUACUCAACAUCUGGACCUUGGUCCUUGGCUGUGAUUCCCAAAGUCCAGGAUGUAAAGUAUGUUCUAUCCAAAUCAUACUCCACCAUGGGUUCUUAAAAUCAAAUCUGAGGGUUCCAAUUCCAAGAGAGACGAGUCAGCAGUUUCUCAGGGCAGAGCGAAGAAACACCAGUCUCAUUGAUGGAGCCACAGCAAAGAAGGUUCAGGAUGCUAAUUUCUAUUUACUAUUGAAUUGUUUAAUCUCUUGCCUAUUUAUUGUUUGACUGCAUUUACCAUAAUUUUAUGCAUAUUAGCAUCUGUUAUUAGUAUCCUCAUGACAGUUGCUCUUUGGAUGUUUCUCAUAGGAUGUCAGAAAUUUGUCUCUGGAUAGAAGAUACUAAACAUCCUUGGACCUUGGUCCCCUUGGCUGUGAUACCCAGGAUGGACAGGAUGUUCUAUCCAGGGACAAAUUUCUGGCAUCCCAUAGGACAUACCCAAGAGCAACUGUUAUGAGGAUACUAAUAACAAAUACUAAUAUGGAUAGAUUAUGGGAAGAUUCAGUCAAACAAUAAAUAGACAAGAGAUUAAGUAGUUCAAUGUUGAGGGCAAUCAAUAGAAAUUAGCCUGUCGUUGUUUGAGGCAUAUACAUUUUUCUGUGUGCUUGAUGAUAAUUUUGGCAAUUUUCCUGAAUGCCAUAAAUCUUACCGUUAGUAAUGCUUAGAAUGCCUACAUAGUUUCAGCUGCCUUAUGUAAAUCACGUUUGAAAGCAAUUCUUUCUUUCGGGUAAAAAGGAAAUUAUACUUA